GACUUGGGAAACAUUAAGAUUUGCCUACAAGGAUACCAUCCAUAGCCAUGCCUGACUACACGUACAAAAGCUCUGGAACCAAUAGCCAGGGUAACCACUACUGCGCUCGGGAUUACGGAAGCAGUGCUUCCAAUUCCAACUCCUACCACUACUCUAACCAGGACGGCUCCUACUACUACUCCAACUCGAACGGUAGCACAUACUACAACAAUGGCGCUGGGAGCUCCACUUACACUUCUCCCAGCGGAAACUCGACUACACAAUCCGGAGGCAGCAACAGUAGCAAAUAGAAAGCUAGGCUGUUAAAACAUCGUUUGAAGGAAAAUUUAGAGAAAAAAAUCUUGGGCUGGAUAUUUGGACGAGAGAAUGAUGGGUAUUGCCAGGCCUGGUGUAAAAUUGUAGGGCUUUCGCUAUAUAAUGGGACUGCCACCACCAUAGUGCAAAUGAAUCAAUUGACUUCUCUACAUACAAACAGUGAC